AUGUUGACAACAGUGACAACUACACUUGCAACGACAUUAACACGGGAUAACUCGGAAGUACAGAGUCUUCACUGGCUUGGGCUUGAAAAAGUCCAUCAUUUGGCUCCUCGGACCGGUGACAGUUGGAUUUUACGGAUUGAAUUAAACGGAGAUUACUGCGCGGGUCAUGGAUGUAUUGGCCAAAGUGACGGUUAUUGGUGGGCAGAGUGGCCUUUCAAGCUUGGUGACGCAUCGCAACUUUAUCUGCUCGAAUUAGGUAGCGUAAUUCGUGGAAAUCUCACAGAUGAAAAUUCUGAUUUUUUCCAACGCAACAACGGGCACCCAUUUACGACCGUGGAUAGAGACAACGACGAUGCUGGCUCGAACUGCGCUCAGACACGGAAUCACGGAUUUUUAAUUUCUUGUCUUUACAGUGGAUGGUGGCAUGAAAGGUGCGGUAAUGUCGCUCUGAAUGGCCUAUACGGAGACACAACAGCGCUGCAUCGCAACAUGAUGUUCGUAUAUCAAAAUGUGACGUCAGGCCACAAGAGAAGGGUUAUUCAUCCUAAGAAGUCCAUUAUGAUGAUCAGACCUAAAUCAUCAUCCUAA